AUGACAGAUACCACAGAAAGCACAGACCAGCCGGCCUUCGACAGAUCUAACAUUCUCGAGGCGUUACAAGCAAUCCACGACCCUAAAUCCGAUAAUUUCUUCAGGAGGAAUGCCUCUGACUACCUGGAACGCCUGAAGACCAGCAAAGAAAGUGCCCUUCAAUGUGGCUUUUCUCUUUCUACCGAUCAAUCCCAGCCCGCUCUGGUGCAACACUUUGGCUUGUCUCUGCUAAGCCACGUCAUUCGCCACGAGACACAUCACCUCUCGGAGCACCAAGCCAUCCAACUCCGCAACUGCGUUCUUGACCUCGGUCGGUCUGUCAAGGCCGAGCAUCUUGCUUUCAUCCGCAACAAGGUCGCCGAGUUAUGGAUUGAGCUGGCCAAGCGAAGCUGGGCGCUAGACUGGUUCGACCUGGACGAGCAGCUUGCACAGCUGUGGUCACAGGGUCUCGUUCACAAGGACAUUGUGCUAACUAUCCUCGAGAACCUGUCCGAGGAUGUUUUCGUUCGCGACGACAGUAUUGCCGUGUUACGAGGACGAGAUCUGAACUCGGCGCUGGUUGAGAUCUUCACACCAAGUUCCAAUUUCUCCGGGGGUAUUAAGAUCGGCGGCAUCACACACAACUUGCGUUUUGGAGACGAAGGCUGGCUUACAAGGAUCACCAGGCUCAUCAAUGAGUCGGUGGGCAACCUGCACAACGAUGGCCAGCUUAGAGAGGUUGUUCUCAAAGCCCUUGCCACAUUGAGGUCAUGCUUCAUCUGGGUGAUGACUCCAGCCAUCUCACAGUCCAAUGCUUUAGAAGCGACAUGCAAUUUCCUCACCUCGUCGGAUACAGACCUCAUUAUAGCUGCCCUCGAUGCCCUGCUCUCUUUGUACGGAAGGGCCCGCCUGGAAGAACUCGAAGUCCAAGCUCUUGUCUUCCCUCUAGUCCACCCGGACAGUAUCGCUAUGCUUGGGAAACUGUACGUCUGGUCCGUCGUGCCGGUGGAUGAGAUAGAGAGUCCCAAAUACGUGGUCUCGAAGAAGCUCUCUGAGCUACUAUCUUUGUUCGGUGAUCACAUGUACCAAUACACACCUCCUACCGCCGUCAUUUUUGAUCUCUCACCAUUCCUCCAAUUGUUGACAGCUGUUGCGGAGCAUGAGAGUCUCAUAGUCUCCAUUCCAGUGAUCCAUGCCUGGGUGAAAAUGCUGGAGGUGUCCUCUUGGAGAGCUAACCCUGCCAUCGUCCGCUGCAUGGGUCCACUCCUUCAAGUCGUCUCCACGAGACUCAUACAGUACGAACAGUUUCCCGAGGAUGUCCAAAACCCUGUGGUUACCUUCGUGAAUGAAGAGAUCGAGCUCUUCCCGGAACGUCAAGGCUUUUACAUGAACUACCGCCGACUGUGUGCGGCUGCCAUAGAAUGGAUCGCCUUCGCAGGACCAGAAGCGGCCAUAUUUGGGACUUUGGGACACGUGGACGCUGUCUUGGACGAGAUCGAGUCAGCUGAGCAACAGUUCGAUGCCGCAAGAUACGAGAGAGUUUCAAUGGCGAUCCUGCAAGCUGACGCAUAUCUCUCCUGGGUCGACGCCGCAUUCAAGGGGUUUGACAGGUUUCAGGACGAACAGCGACACAGUCUCACGUCCGAGCAUGAGCAGAUGAGACAAAGAAUACGAGAGAACCUGAAGGCUUGGAUGCUCAGCACGAUGGAAAAGAGAGUCUUCAAAGACCCGCAAAUAAGGCAGCGCCUGAUCAAAACUGCGGUUGACGCGUCAUACAGAGUCCUGCAGAAAGACACUGGGUUCGCCUUUAGGGUCCUCGAGCACAUACUGUCAUCAUUCAUCACAAUGCCACAACAAAACCCCGUCUAUGCCGAAGCUGUCGACGAUCUCCACAGCUAUGCGACGGCUGAACUGAGGCGACUAUCGCUUCAGCAUGCUGACUAUUUCGUUACCUUCUAUGACCAACUGCAAUCAAAAUUCUCCGACCUAAUCAGCCAGAUCGGUGCCAAUGAGAGACUGCAGAUUGACCUGAAAUCCAUCCUAUUCUCGGUCAUUCAGCGAGCGACGUCGGUUGAUGAUGCUCGACGUCGAGCUAAGCUGGGAGAGUUCGUUCAACCUCUCGCUGCAGCGUGGGCGGACCAAAGUCUACAGGGCCUUUUGGGCAGCCUCGAGUCAUUCGCUCACUCUCAGGCUUUCGACCAGGUCGGACCUUAUUUGGCAACAUUACAAGCGGACAGGAUCGAGGAUUGGAGUCAAGUCCGGUACGACAGCCGGGGGUCAGAGAUACAGCAGGAAAUGUUGUCCGGUUACACCAGGCUGCCUUUGAGGGAGACGCGCAUACUGCUCAGCAUAUCUACCGAGAGACUCGAACAGGGUUCUGACUUGCACAAGAUGGUAUGCGACCUGUGGUCCCCCAUGGUUCCAAAUAUGCUGGAAUAUGUCCUCCGCCUAACGAGUUUCAACCAUCAACUGCACAAUCCGUCGUCGUGGCCAAACGUGCCUCCUGAAGGAGAAAAUAUCAUACGCAGGGUAAUGCGAGAUAGAUAUUGGCAGUCAGGUAUCUCAGCCGGCUCGAUGGGAGAAUUCCACAACAAGGUAAAAGCCACAAAACUUACACUGGAAGGAUUUGCGUCUUCAGUGCGAGGAAGGAUACGAAACAACCUCGAACAGUGUUACAGCAUCCUUCACACACUGGGCAGACUGGGGCCGGCCUUUUACAACCUGCAACAGCUCCCCGAGCUGAUCGCGCAGGCAGCUAUCGACACGACCACGCCACUCAGUCCUCACCAUUUCUCCGUGAUGAUACAGAUGUUGCCGAAAAUGAUCGAUGAGUGUCCCCCGGAGAGUCGAGAGCAGUUCUUGACCCCUAUCUUAUGGUCCCUGCUAGGGCAAAUGGACACCAAACUCUCCCAGGAAUGGGAGAAAAUGGGCCAACUGAAGCAGACCAAGCACGAUGACGAGAACCUUGGAGAUGAAAUGAGAGACGACUCAGUAUUGAGGCAGACGACUUACAAGGCUGUCAAUUUGAUUGCCCAUUGGCUGAACCCCAAGCGAGAGCAGCAGUUGAGUACGAAGAAGUCGAUUGUUAAUGGCAGUUACCUGAAGGAAGCCGACCAGCAGACAAUGCGCGAAUUCCUCUUGUCCAAUGUACAAAUCCUCGACAAGCUCCUCACCUUCAUCACGCACGCUAUCGCCUUCAAGGACAUGAAAUCCAGCUACACGAUGCUCAUGGCUGUGCAACGUCUUGUCCCCGAUUUUGCGUCCGAGCAAUUUCUCGCCAGCGACCAAGCGGGUGCGGUGCGAGAGUUCAUCUCGACGGAGAUGCUCAAGACGGCCAUUACUUGUCUGCAUGACGGCUACUUUGCCGACCAGCAGCAGUAUUACGCCCAGCUCAUCGCCACCAUCUGGCUCUCCUACGGCCUUCCCGCCCAUGUCCCGGCUACGGAAGGCACGCCAGCCCAUGAUCGACAUGCCCUCACAUCCACUCCACGCGAUGUGAUCAUGAGUUUGCCGGGGAUGACAGAGGCCAAAGUGGACAAAGCCGCGGGACAGCUUCUCAAGGAGGGAGCCGGUGGCAGUAGCCGCGCCAAGAAACUGCGUGCCAUCAUAUUAACCCUGCUGGAGGGUGUAAGGGGCGUCCGCGUCAGCGAGCUCGGAAAGAUCGACACGAAACAGCAGCAGAGUAAGCUAUUGGAGAAGUACAAGCAGAGGGAAAUGUUGGGCAUGCAGGGCGUGGAAGAUCACGGGCACGGGCGUCAGGAUGGUACUGCAGAGACUGAUCUCGCAGGUGUGGCGGACAUGUUUGCGACCUAG